UCGAUGUCCGAUGGGUAUCUGCAAUGCCCCUGCGACCUUUCAGCGGGCCAUGAACAUGGCUUUUCAGAAUUUUGUGAGGAAGACUCGUUUGGCGCAGAGCAUCAUCAACUACUGCGUGAUUGUGUACAUGGAUGAUAUCCUGGUGUAUUCAAGUUCCUACGAGGGACACGUGCGGCACAUCGAAUGGACACUGCAUGCGUUACGAGAUGCAGGUUUCAAAGUGGCACUUGAGAAGUGUCAGUUUUUCCUCACCACCAUUUCCUUCCUAGGGCACGUGGUGACAGACAAGGGACUCCAACCGGAACCGCAGAAAGUGGCAGCUGUCAGGGACGCGCCGGUGCCUACGACUAUCACGCAAGUUCGCGCCUUUUUGGGCCUAGCCUCGUACUACCGAAGAUUUAUCAAGGGCGUCACGGCGAUUGGGGGACCCCUCACAAAUCUGUUGCGCAAGGAUCAGCCGUUGAUCAGGACGCCGGAAUGCGAUCAAGCGUUUUCCACACUCAAGGCCGCUCUCAUUUCGGCUCCGGUCCUUAUAAGACCGGAUCCCGAAAAACCUUUUGUUCUCAUCACUGACUGGCAGCCAGAGGCGAUUUCGGCGAUCCUUGCCCAGGUGGGACCAAACGGACUCGAGAGUGUGGUGGAGUAUGCGUCCAAAUCAGUGCCCGCCUGCAAGUGUAACUACGCCGCUCCAAUGGGUGAAUGCUAUGCGGCUCUCUGGGGAAUCAGUCACUUUCGUGCUUACCUGUACGGGCGAAGAUUCACCCUGGUGACUGAUCAUGAGCCCCUGUUGGCUCUAAAGAAGUCGAGGGAUUACUCGGGCAAUAUCGGACGAUGGGCAACGGUGCUGCAGAGCAUGAACUUUGGCAUUCGUCAUCGGAAGCAUGAGAGACACGGGAAUGCAGACAGACUGACACGGCUGCAUCGGCCUGAGAAAGUUCCAAAGAAUGAGGAGGUGAUUCCCUGGAACGAACCUAAACAGGAGGUUGGACCCCGGUACGGCCAAGUGGAGAUUUUGUCGAAGCAAUAUAGGCCAUGCAUCUUGCCAUCUCCUCGUCUGCGAUGCUCCUGAGAUAAAGCUCCUCUGCAAGGAUGAUAUCGCCUGAAGCUCCAAUCAAUAUCUCAAUACGUC